AUGGGUGAAUUACAGUCGGCGCUUCUUCUGAGAAAACAACUUGCAGAAUUGAAACGAGUUCCUGUUGACGGAUUUUCAGCAGGUCUUCAAGGUGAUGAUAUUUACAAAUGGGAAGUGCUUGUUAUCGGACCACCCGACACUCUUUACGAAGGAGGGUUUUUCAAGGCGCUUCUGGAAUUUCCGAAGGAAUACCCACUGUUACCGCCAAAAAUGAAGUUCAUUUCGGAAAUUUGGCACCCGAAUAUUGAUAAGGAGGGUAACGUGUGUAUAUCGAUAUUACAUGAACCGGGAGAUGAUCGAUGGGGUUACGAGAAGCCAGAGGAGAGGUGGUUACCUGUGCAUACCGUAGAAACAAUUCUUCUUUCUGUUAUAUCGAUGCUAGCAGAUCCAAAUCAUGAUUCGCCUGCAAAUGUUGAUGCUGCGAAGAUGCAGCGCGAAAAUUUUUCUGAAUUCAAGAAACGUGUAGCAGCCUGCGUUCGAAAAAGUCAAGAAGAGGGUUGUUGA